AUGGGGAAUACCAAAGUUCGUCACAAUCUGAUCUUAGUUUUGAUACCAAUUCCUCUUUUCUUCCAGAUGUUGUUUGAACGGGUCAUCUUUGGUAAUUCCGAUUCACCUUUUUAUAUCGAGGACACAGCUGCCAUCAUUGCACAAGACAUUGACAAGUUACAGAUAUUUGAGUCAUUGAUAUGCCCUAACAUACGAUCCUAUUGCAGAAAAUUCUUCUCAGAAGAUCAACAUGGCUUUCUUGAAGCAAGAUCAACGGUUACUAAUUUGAUUUUGUUCGAGAAUGCGUUGGUUGAAGCUUUGGAUAAAAAUACUCAAGUGAACGUUGUAUACACUGACUUCAGUAAGGCAUUCGACAAGGUUCUACAUUGCGCAUUGUUAAAGAAGUUAUCAUUGUACGGUUUCUCAGGCUCGAUGUUAAACUGGUUCAGAUCUUAUUUGACAAAUCUUUAUUUCUAUGUUAUAGCUAAUGGGUUUGAAUCAGAUAAAUUUAUAAUAACAUCUGGUGUUCUCCAGGGGUCACACUUAGGGCCUAUCCUAUUCAAUUUGUUUUUGAAUGACUUAAGCCGAUGCUUUAAAAAUACCUCUGAUCUUUUAUACGCUGAUGAUCUGAAGCUGCUACGAGAUAUAAAUGUAAGAACAGAUGCCCAUCUGUUACAGAAAGAUUUAGAUAAUUUAAAGAAAUGGUGUGACAAAAACGGUAUGCAAAUUAACCCUAGUAAAUGUUCACAAAUUACAUUCACUCGAAAGAGUCAGCCCAUACUAACCCAGUAUCUUAUUGGUUGUCUUGAAUUGGAGGAAAAGGAUUCGGUUAGAGAUUUAGGUGCUAUUUUCGACAAAAAGAUGUCUUUUGUCCCACAUAUUUAUGACACUGUAAAGAGAGCAUCGAGGAUGUUGGGCUUCAUUAUUAGAAAUGGAAGAGCCUUUAGGAGACCCGAAAUAAGGAUAACUCUUUAUUUUAGUAUUGUACGAAGCCUGUUGGAGUAUGCUAGUGUAGUAUGGCGUCCACAUUAUGCUAUACAUAUGCUUCGAAUUGAACGGAUUCAGAAAAGGUUUAUGUGGCACCUUACCUGCUCGCAGAGACUGACAAAUCAGUUGAAGUCUUACAACGAGCGGUUAAAAGUACCGAAAAUUGGCUUGAGAAUCACCAACGAAGAUCAAUGCAAAUACUGGAGCGGUCGUUUGCACCAUGUAUGGGCUUCAUUAAGGCUUUACAAAAAAGAAUACGGAGCUUUGGACGCUUAA